CCCGCCACUGAAUCGGAAGUUCUGGCCCGCAGUUGCGCGGAAAUGGGCACGCGUGGGCGGAGUGGGCUUCGGCCUGGCAAGGGGGACGCCGAAGGGGUGACAGCUGGAAAGGGGAAGACGGAUGGGUUGGCAGUGACUCCUACUACUACUGCUGCCUCGGCCUCCUGCCAGUACAGGUGCAUCGAAUGCAACCAAGAGGCCAAGGAGUUGUACCGAGACUAUAGCCACGGCGUGCUGAAGAUAACCAUCUGUAAAUCCUGCCAGAAACCUGUAGACAAAUACAUUGAGUAUGAUCCAGUUAUCAUCUUGAUUAAUGCUAUUUUAUGCAAAGCGCAGGCCUACAGGCAUAUUCUUUUCAACACCAAAAUAAACAUGCACGGAAAACUCUGCGUAUUCUGCUUACUUUGCGAAGCAUACCUGAGGUGGUGGCAGCUGCAAGAUUCCAGCCGAAGCAUUGCUCCUGAUGACUUUAUCAGAUAUGCUAAGGAGUGGGAUUUCUAUAGAAUGUUUGCAAUUGCUUCUCUAGAACAGACUGCUUAUUUUACUGGCAUUUUUACUUUCCUGUGGGUAGAGCGGCCCAUAACAACAAAAAGAAGACUCAACUUCUCUUUGCUGCUGAAAGCACUGCUGUUAUCUAGCUACGGGAAACUCUUGCUGAUUCCAGCUGUCAUUUGGGAACAUGACUACACACCCCUGUGCCUCAGACUCAUUAAAGUAUUUGUCCUUACGUCAAAUUUUCAGGCAAUUAGAGUGACGCUGAACGUCAACCGCAAGCUCUCCUUUUUGGCCAUCCUGAGCGGCCUACUGGUGGAAAGUGCCAUGGUCUACCUCUUCCAGAGGAUGGAAUGGGCUGUUGGAAGCAACUGUGCCAUCUAUAAAUCUCAAGACUUCUGAAGAGGUACAGAGCAUCUCUCAGUGCUCCCGCAUGCAGACAGUUGCAUUUUUUACUCUGUGUGGCAUGACCAGCUGCAUCCGUAAAAUAGAAGACAUAAAAUACAAACCAAGCUUCUCGUUAUUGUUGUGUAAAAUGAAGCAAAGAUGUGGAUACACUUCCUGAAAAAGAAAGCAACGGUGAUGGCACUGGGAACUCCUAACCUUACCACCCCACCCCCUACAUGUAGGAAACAACUAUAAACCACGUACAGACACACACAGACACACACAGACACACUCACACAGACACAAGGAAUGUUGCUGCAGGAACUAAUGUAUGCAACAAGUGAAAUGUAUGCAUUAUAGAUGGUUCAGGCAGGCAUUUGAAUCAAAGGAAUGUGAAUUCAUGAGUCACGCACAAGAAAAGAUCUUUGUUCAUUCCUUUGACAUAUUUAUAUCUUUUUAAUUUAAAUGUUAAUGGUUAAAAUAAUAUUUUGUGUUCUUACAAGAGAAACUUCUCUCAGUGAAGUCACAAUAAAC